GUAAAUUGGCUAAGCGCGCUGGCUUGAAGCGGACAUACUUCAUGAUGAUAGAUAUAACAUUUAUCCAUUUAGUAGAUAGCAUUAGCAUGCGGCAAUAGAUAAACCAUGAAAGCAUAUUUUUCGCUCAUAGUAGAAAAAGGUGCAGGAUAGAAUAAUUGUUUAGUUUUUGCUUUAAAAGGGACUUUGGUUCAGCCGAAAUCAGCGACUGCAACACACUUGCACGAAAGUGUCCACCAAGCGUCCCGGGCGGCAUCUUUGACAAUUUGUUAAAGUCCCAAGACCGUUUGUAGGUGAAAUUCCGGGUAAAGUAUCAGAGUACCCAGAAUAAAAAGGUGUGCAGUUUGCCGGGGCGUCUUUUACACAUAUGGCUCGACGGCCCAAGGAAGCUCCUGGACAUGGAGACACGGAGGAGGGAUCAGACAGCUUGGACAGUAGUGAGUUUUCCCGAGCCCCGGACGGUGGGUGGGGCUGGAUGGUGUGUCUAGGCUCGUUCUUGAUUAACUUUAUGCUCGACGGGACUAUGUUCUCCUUCGGAGUGCUUCUCUUGGAAUUACUGGACUAUUUUGGCCAAGGCAAGGCAAAGACUUCCUGGAUUGGAUCUUCAUUGCUGGGAAUGAGUAUGUUCAUGGGUCCAGUUGUCAGCAUCCUACUCGAGCGUUACACGUGCAGGCAAAUCACGAUCGUAGGGACGUUAAUAUCCGUGGUGGCGUUCGUCGUCAGCAUCUUCUCUCCUAACGUAGAAAUGCUCAUCAUCACCUAUGGCAUAAUUGCAGGAGUUGGUUUUAGCAUGUCCUUUAUUUCUGCCAUCAUCGUUGUCGGCCUCUACUUCAACAGAAGGCGAGCGAUUGCUACUGGGAUCGCCAUGAGCGGUAGUGGGCUCGGGACAUUUGCUUAUGCCUACAUAACGGACAUGCUUAUUAGCCAGUACGACUGGCGAGGAACGAUUCUGAUCCUAGCUGGUGUGCUAUUAAAUGGGGUUGUUUGUGGCAUUCUCUUCCGUCCCUUGUCAGACUGUUACACGGUGGGCCGUGAGAGUAGCUCAGAAUAUAUUUCUGGCCCAAGUGACUCUUCAAAGGGCACCACAGAGCUACGGAAAUUGUUGUUGGAAAGGAAAUACAAGGAGAUGUGUGAUGAGCAUGAUUAUGACGUACCAAAGAUUAAGAAUAUGUCAUGUAGGCUAACUGUGAGCACUGCAAAUAUGGUACGCCUGCCAGCGGACACUUCGGUGUUUUUAGAGGCGAGGGAAUUCUCAAGUCAGACGAACUGCUUAAGAACGAGAUUAAAACCCAUGAAAAACCAAAUGUCGGGGUCAAGUGUUUUCUAUAGUGGAUCUCUGAACAACUUAAAACAUAGACAUACUGUUGGUUAUCAUAGAUCUGAUGAGAUGGUUAAGCCCUCUGUUGCCAUGGACAACGAAAAUGUUGCAGGAACAUGCCAAGGGUCUUCAACGCUUGCUGACAUUUUGAAAACAAAUAUCAACUUGUUUAGAGACAAAAUAUUCGUUUUACUCCUAUUAACCAACGUUUGCUGGACAGUUCAGUCCGUCCCGUUGACUUACAUUCCCGAUCUGGGCGUUACCAAGUCACUGACGACAUCUGAGGCAGCCACGCUUAUCUCCAUUGUGGGAAUCACGAACAUCAUAGGCAGGAUUUUGUCGGGCCUCAUCACAGACUGUCUCAACGUCAACUGCACGCACACGUACAUAGUGACGUUAUUCAUGGCUUCUGCUGUGAGCUUUCUCAUGCCAUGGUGCAAUGGGUUUGCAACUUUGGCCAUAUGCAGCGGUGUCUUUGGGCUCUGCAUGGCAACGCAUGUGUCAAUGCGGACAAUAGUCUUGGCAGACCAUUUGGGAAUUGAACGGUUGACCAGGUCGUUUGGUCUGGUAGCACUUUUCCAGGGAAUAGCCUUCCUCACCAACGCCCCUCUUGCAGGUUUCUUGUAUGAAACGUUCGACUCCUACGUAAUGCCGUUCAGUUUCGCUGGAAUGAUGUACUUCCUAUCAGGACUGUUCUGUUUGGCUGUGCUCUGCCUUGAUAAACAUACAAAUAGAGGGAUUGAAAUCAUAAUUGAGAGCAGGAAUGUAGGAUAAAUAUGUAUCCUGGAACUCAACCGCUCUCUGUUGUUGGUAUUUGUUUAAUUGUUUGAGCAGUUUAUAGUAUAACAAUUGAUGUUCAGACGAAAACUAGAGCGAAUAUGUGUAAGAGUGACCCCUGAUAUACGUUUUUCAUAAUGAAAAAAAUAUUGAGCAGUUUCGAGAUUAUUGCUGACUUUGUUAACUAUUGAUGUUCAAACGAGAAAAAGGUAAAAUAUUUGUUGAGACGGUUUAUCAAAUGAAGGGUUUCUUGAGCAGUUUCAUGACUGUUGUUGACAGUAUGUGUUUAUUUGGUCGAUCAAUUUAGACGUCGGUGCUAAAAAGGACAGCCGGAAGGCUGAUUGAUAGACAAUCAGACACAUUAUACGUGUCGAAACUAAAUUUUAAAGCAAGGUUACGUCUAGAAUAAGCAUGUUUUAUACGUAUUUAUUUCAUACUUGUUAAACUUCCGUCUAAAAUAUUGUAUGAUUUAAACAAUAAGAUAUGGAAAUAGCAAAAGAAGUCCAUUUCUCCCAUCUAAGAUAAGUAGAUCCAAAAAUUUGGCCUUGGUGGAUUUUUUUUCCCACCUCAGAUAAGUAGAUCCUAAAAUUUGGCCAUGCUAGACAUCCAACAAGUACCCGUAUGGAACUUUUUAUUGUUAUCACACAAUUACCUGCCUUGUUGAAGACCGUCGUCUGUAGCAUCAAAGAAACCUUGUCUUGUGACAAUACUUAAAAUCCAAACUAAUUAUUUCUCGCUUCAAAUGGUACCAAAAAAAGGCUUUCACGCUGCAUACAAGAAAUAAUGCUGCACUCUCCUCAGAACUAUUUAAAGCUGCACUCUCACAGAUUGAACGUUUUGACAACUUUUGGAACGAGCCAAUUUUUGCGAAAAUCCAUCGAAACCAGUUAUAUAAAACUGCUGACAAAAUUGGAUUGCAAAUUUUUAUAUUUAAGUUCAAAAAUUGAUGUUUUAUGCAUUUUUCUUAAACCGUUAGUAACGGUUUAAGCCAUAAAACAUUAAUUUUCGAACGGAAAUAUGAAAAUCUGCGAUCAGAUCUUUUGUCAGCAAUCUUUUAUCAUUGGUUUGCAGAUAUUUAUGCAAAAUUUUGCUCUUUCCAAGACAAAAAAAAAUAAAAAAUGUAAAAAUGGUAAAUCUGUGAGAGUGCAGCUUUAAAUAACGAUUUGACUAUUUACAUAAUCUUAAUCACUUCGCGCAUAUCCAUGACGACCACGAAUUAUCACAUAUCUAUACGCGAAUAAGUUUCACCACGCACACAAGAGGUCCAGCGAAAAAUACAUCUUAACUUUAUUUUGUUUAACGGAGGUGGGAGAAAAAGCAUCUACCACUCGGCCAUGGAAGAUACUUAAAAUCGCAGAUGCGCAAUUCUACCACAAUACUCCGCAAAAGCUAAAAUAGACAUUUUUCGUUGAGCUUAAAUGUUCUUGUAAAUUAAACUAUUAUUAUUUCAAUUUAAAAUGUAUGAAAUAAAAGAAAAUUGUUUUAGUCGGUUGAAGUGUGGUAAUGUAUCAUUUCUAGUUGGUCGAGAUCUCGUGCGAUAUGAACUUAAGGCAAGCAGCUAUAAGUGAUAUAACGCCACAGAUCAACUGAAUGACGCAAACCCAUAUAUAUGUGUGUCGACUAUUCUGCUUUUGUGCAUUUAUAAUCCAAGCUAUAUAUUUGUAUGUUUCGUGAUUUUGAGAAGCAUAAUUUUACGAUAUAUUAAAACUUUUUUUAUUAUU